UUUUCCCGCGAACUUUUGCUCUGAUCUGUUUCCGGCGGGUCGUCCAUUAACGUGGAGCGUUUUUGUUUUUAACACAAAGGUCCGGAUCAGGCCCAGUUGGACCGGGACCGGGUUUAUUUUUUACCCUCCUCUCUGCGGGUCUCCCGGGAUGAAGUACUUCACCAGGCGGAGGGCGAAGCGGAUCUACGAGUGGCGCGGAGAGCCUGGAGGCUUCAACAGAAAGCUGAAAACUAGGGAGUAUGGCUCGCUGGCCAUCCGGGUGGAGGGUCUCCCUCAGACCACCGUCAUCAGCACCGGGCAGCACAUCCUGAUCGAGGGAGUCGAUGACGACAACCCGUACGUGGCCCGGCUGGUGCGGCUGUUCUCAGACGAGAGCGGCGAGCAGAAGAAGGCCGAGGUGCAGUGGUUCGUCCGGGUUUCUGAAGUGCCUUUGGGCAAGCUGAAGCUGCUGGGCAGAGAUCCGCACCCGCAGGAGAUCUUCUUCUACGCGGGGCGCGGCUGUGACGACGAGGUCAGCGCCGAGUCCAUCCUCCGACCCGUCCAGGUGAAGCACCUGGACGCCGCCGCUCCGUUCCCCGGUUCUGCAGACAGAGAAACUCUCUACGUCAAAUUCUCCUGGGACUCAAAGACCUUCAGCGCCGUGGACCCGUCUCAGGUGGAGUCCCCUCCCCCUCGCCCCCCCAACCCCUCCCUGCCUCCGUCUCCCCCACGCUCCCCCCCCGCAGCCACGCCUGCCUCCAGGGGCCCGGGCCGGCGCGCCCUCCCCACCCCGGACCCGGCGGUCCUGCGCAGGGCGGCGCUGGGGGACGUGCGGGGGGGCGGAGCCUCGGCGAGCGCCGGUAAGGUGGAGGUGGAGUCGCUCCACUCCAUGACCAAACUGUCGGCCUCAAAGUGCCUCAGCGCCAAGAGGAGGAACGCCGUGGAGCGGACGCCGGGCGUUCGCAAGCAGCUGCAGCUCGGCAGUCCGGAGGAGACGGCGGAGCUCCAUGAGGACAUCCUGGAGCGGCUGCUGAAGGAGGAGCUGGACGCGGGCCGACCGCUGGCCCACAGGCUGGCCUUCUCCCCCCCCAGCUCCCCCCCGCUCACCCACAGCCCCUCCCCUCUGAGGAGGACCAGCAGGAGCCCCGGCCCCCAGGAGGGCGCCGGCCUGAAGGCGUCCCUCAGUGAGGAGGACAGCCCUGCGUCUCCGUCCAGCAGUACGGACCGGUUCCUCUCCAGUCAUCGGACCUCUGAAGCCCCGGAGCCGGACCUGCUGACCAGCGCCGCUAAAACUCCAAGCAGCAGCAGAAGAAGAAGAAAUGCCACGCCGAGGAGAAACGGCGCCACCUGGAGGGAGACAACCAGAACUCCCUCCAGAAAGAAGGACGGAGAGACGGUGAAGGAACCAUCUCUGGCUGUUCUAGCCGAGGAGGAGAACGAAAACUCGCCAGCGCUGCCGACCGGCGCCACUCCCAGGAGCUCCAAGAGGAAGUCGGCUCUGAAGGUGGCGUCCCGGAUCAAGAGGCAGCUGAGCCUUCUGGGCGACCAGAACCAGCAGAACUACGACGACGAAGAGGACGAAGACGUGUUUGUGCCAUCCAAGAAGGAGCUGCAGAGCAGCAGCGAGGAAGAGGAGGAAGAGGAUGAAGGUGAGGAAGAGGAGGACUCUGGGCCGGACAGUGAUGAAGAGGUGGUGGCGAAGAAGAGCCGCCGCUCCUCGUCCUCCGCAGGGCCUCGUACUCCCAGAGCGAAGCGGAAAACGCCGAGGAAGACUCCGAGGAAGACUCCGAGGAAGAGCGCCCCGAGCACGCCUCGGACCCCCCGCCACGCCGCGCCCAGCAUCCCCAGCAGGUCUCAGCCGGCCCGGCAGCCCGCCAACGUCCUGGAGGAGGCCAGAACCAGGCUCCACGUGUCGUCGGUGCCGGAGUCUCUGCCCUGCAGGGAGCAGGAGUUUCAGGACAUCUACAGCUUCGUGGAGAGCAAGAUCCUGGACGGCACCGGCGGGUGCAUGUACAUCUCCGGAGUGCCGGGGACGGGGAAGACGGCCACGGUCCAUGAGGUGAUGCGCUGCCUGCAGCGCGCCGCCGCCGGCGACGAGAUCCCAGCGUUCCUCUUCAUCGAGAUCAACGGGAUGAAGAUGACGGACCCGCAUCAGGCGUACGUUCAGAUCCUGCAGAAGCUGACGGGUCAGAAAGCCACGGCGGACCACGCUGCAGCGCUGCUGGAGAAACGCUUCAGUAAUCCGGCGCCGAGGAAGGAGACGACGGUGCUGCUGGUGGACGAGCUGGACCUGCUGUGGACCAGGAAGCAGAACGUGAUGUACAACCUGUUUGAUUGGCCGACGCGGCGCCACGCCCGCCUGGUGGUUCUGACCAUCGCCAACACCAUGGACCUGCCGGAGAGGAUCAUGAUCAACAGGGUGGCCAGCAGGCUGGGUCUGACCCGGAUGUCCUUCCAGCCGUACACCUUCAAGCAGCUGCAGCAGAUCAUCACGUCACGCCUCAACAAGGUGAAGGCCUUCGAGGAGGACGCCGUGCAGCUGGUUUCCAGGAAGGUGGCGGCGCUGUCCGGCGACGCCCGCAGGUGUCUGGACAUCUGCCGGCGGGCGACGGAGAUCUGCGAGCAGUCAGCGGGGGGGCUGGUGGGGAUGGGUCACGUGAUGGAGGCGCUGGAUGAGAUGUUCUCCUCGCCGUACGUCAGCGCCAUCAGGAGCGCCUCCACGCAGGAGCAGCUCUUCCUGCGGGCCGUCAUCGCAGAGUUUCGGAGGCUGGGAUUGGAGGAGGCCACCUUCCAGCAGGUGUUGGUGCAGCACCAGGCUCUGUGUCGGGUGGAGGGCCUGCAGCCCGUCAGCGUGUCGGAGAGCCUGGCCGUGUGUCACCGUCUGGGAGCCUGCAGGCUGCUGCUGCUGGAGCCCAGCCGCCUGGGGGUCCUGCUGAGGGUCCGGCUCAACGUGAGCCAGGACGACGUGCUCUUCGCCCUGAAGGCCGACUGAGGAAGAGGAGGAGGCUCGCCGUGAGCACAGAUUUAAAUCUUUUAGAUGUUGUGGGACACUCUGAUGUCUCUAAGUUUACUAAACUUUUGCUGCUCUCCAUGUAUUUUUUCAUGCCUAUAAUCUGUAAUAAAACCUUUAUAAAAAAA